AAUACCCUCUCACUCACACUCCCUAUCUCUAGUCUCUACCUCUUCAUCUUCUCCAACCUUCUUGCUCCUCAGCUUACAUCACAACAAUGGCUACUCGGGUUCUUCUUCUUCUCCUCUUCUCCUCCAUGGUCGCUCACUCCAGUGCAUCAUGGUGUGUGUGCAAAAAAGGUGGAAACGAUAAGGUGUUACAGAUGGCAAUAGACUACGCCUGUGGAAAUGGCGCAGACUGCACCCAGACCCACCAAGGCGGCAAAUGUUACAACCCGGACACCGUCAUCGACCACUGCAACUACGCCGUCAACAGCUACUUUCAGAACAAACGUCAGGCACCGGAGGCCUGUGUCUUCAAUGGUGCAGCCAUGGUGGUCAACGUUGACCCCAGUGCUAAUGGGUGUACGUAUCCUUCUUCCGCCAGUGGCAGUGGUACAACGAUGCCAGGUGGCAACACGAGAACACCAGGUUCCACCACUGUGACGGCGUCAGGCGGCAGCACAACCACUCCAUAUGGGAACAACCCAGGCAACACGGGGGUGUUAGGUGGCGGUGUUGGGACGGGUUUGGGUCCAACAGGAGGUGGUAUGAACGAUGUUAGCGGUGGUGGGCGGCGGAGGAGUUUUAGUGUGUUGGUGUUCGUGGUGGGUAUUAUUAUGGGCCCCACCCCACACAUCCCCAAACCCCAGCCCACCAAUUCCCUUCUUAGACCUGAAGUCGAUUUUGAACUCGAGAACAGGGUGUUAGAGUCGUCGCCGGAAACCUCUAAUUCUAAAGUCGUCGCCAUCAGCAAGCAUGUGAAUACCGACAUCGGAAGCUUUCAAACCCCAAAGUCACCAGAAACCUACAACUAUAAAGUCGUCGAAAACCUGCAACUUGUUUGUUCUUCUCCGCCUCCACGUGUCGCCUAUUAA